CGUUGAUGGGCCGCGCGCUUGCGCGAACUACGCGCACGCGCUCCGCAGCGUUCGAUGGCGGGGGCGGAGGGGGAGCGACGGAGCGCCAGCUCGCGCCGACACCCUCCGCGAGCAGCAGCGUGACGCGCACCGCGGUGCACAGCCCGCGACGGCUCGCCUGCCCGAGAGCUCGCACGAGCGGCUCUAACCAGCCGCGGCGACCACCAUCGACGAGAACACGCAACACUUACCCAUGCAAUCGCUCUCUUUCAUCCUCCGCACGAUCUUUGUGUCGAUACUCUUGAUAUAAAUAUCGGAACUGGACUAGAAUGUCGCUACCGGCGGUGAAGUGACUUAGUAAAUCGAUUGGGAUUAAUGACCAGUGGACAGUGCUGUCAAAUUUCUUCAGCUCCAAUCUGUCAAAUGUGAAAAGUCAGGAACACAGCUCGUGGUUAGCGAGUGUGAGCAGAGCGUCGCGGCGGCGGCGGCGGCGGCGGGCGCAUGGCGACAAGCGGCGCCGAGCGCCGGCCGCGCCGCGGGCCCGCGCCAAUUGCCUCCUUUGAUCACGACGUUUCGGAAGAGUCAAGUCCGGAAAAUAAACAAGCUUUUCGUUUACCUGAGAUCCGUGAGGAUCCAGUGAGUUCAACUUCAAGUGUUGUUGCGUCGACGUCAGGCGGUGUCGACAGUCUCGCACCACCAGAACAACGCGCAAGGUCACAUUCAUCUCCAGCUGUUCACACAACAACGACUGUGCCAACUACUUCGGCUCUUCAAACACCAGCCGCUCCUCGCAUCGAUAUAUCUCGCGCAUCCAGCUCUAGUCACCAGGAUUCGCGUGAUAGCUCACCUGAAUUGGCACUCUUCGCGGGUGGUGGUAACGGCGAAGAUACACGCGCUCGACUUGAACUUGGCUUUCGAGAAGACGGGGCGGCGGAUUUACGUUCAUCUACUGAAGAACUUGCUUUUUUGGAAGGCGCACCUGGAGGUACUGACACACGUGCACAAUCUGCAGUACCACCUUCUCGUCGUCACUCACGUAAAGACAGUCAAAGUUCCGAGGCGGCACUUCUCGCUGUAUCAGGCCGAACUAGCCGUCUCUCUAGUGUUGGAUCUCAGUGUUCUGCGCAUUCGGCACUCUCAGGAUUUAGUCACGCUAGUCGAAUAUCGAGGCUUUCCGUAGUUUCGGGUACUUCCCGUUCACCUUCACCGCACAAAAUGCUACUAGAAACAUCAUUUUGUGGGCCAAAGCCGAUAGAGACAGAUCCCGAAAUAUGCACAGCUGCUGUUGAAGAAAGGCUCCUCGAAAUGGCUAAACUGACCGAUGAAACUGUAGCUGCAAUUCCUGAUAUUCAAUCUACACCCGUUCAAAUUGCAUCGUUCCCACCAGUCGAUGCGCGUGAUCGUCGUGAGGUACGAACAGAAGUAACGGUUGAGAAUGCGCGACCAGCUAGUGCACCUCGGCUCACUUCUCCAAAUGCACCGAAUAGUACACCCGUUCCAGGCCCUGCACCGUCUACUACAUCAUUAGAUGAUGAAAAGCGAUUAAAAGAAACAAGAAACCGGGCAAAAGUGGAAGAGCGCCGAGCAAGAUCGAGAGACCGCCGUGAACCAGCUCAGCCUGAAGUGCAUCGUCGUGGUAAUCGUUCAAAAGACAUAAUAAGAAUAAAACUUAAGCCUGACGAUGAAUACGAAGAUGACGAAGAUGAAGAAAGUGAACGAACUUUGAUAAGUGGAGAGCCUGCACGAAAACCAAUAACGCUAGAGUUAAACGAUCGACCUGCACGUCCUAAAGAACCUACAAGCCCACAAACUACCUCGAGGCGACAACGAGACAGUCGAACACCCUCCCCAUGUGGUGCACCAGUGUCAAGAAAAUCAUCUUUUUGUUCUCUUUUUAAGUCGCGUGAGACUAUCGCAUCUCCAGACUCCCCAUCUGAUGCAUUGCGUCGCAAAAAAAGUCUUAAUGAGGGCCGAUCUCGUAGCAAAAGUCGUGAUCGCUCUACAACACCCUCUUCAACAGGAAAAAUAAAAGGCUCAGUACUAUCAUUGUUUAAGACACCACGGCGCAGUGGUACUUCACCUUCACCAGGUUCUCGUGAUGCCUCUCCAGUAGUUCAACAACAACGACAAUUUCCACAAUCAAAUGUAGAAAAACAACGAGGAGAAAAACUUAAGUAUUACGAGGAUUCAAAAGAUGGAAUUAUUCAUAUCCCCUUACAUACACCACCUGAUGAAAUAAAUUCAAAAGAUAACACACACGAAACAGUUUCUACCCGUGAGAUUUCACGUCCUGCUUCAGCACCGCAACAACGGGCUCCACUCGAACGAAAUGCAGUUAUUUCUUCCAUUACUCCCAUAUCCCUUCCAAAACGGACCCAACGAACUGUACUACCCGAUGGGAGCAUUAUUAUUCCCUUACACUCUCCUACUGAGAAGACCAUUUCUACAGAAUUAACUGCAAAUGUAGAAUCCACUUCUGAUAUUGAACAAAUAGCAAGAAAACCAGAAAUAGAAUCUACUCCCGACAAAAGUAUGAACAAUAUUUCCGAACAAAGUUCGGACGCAGGAUGUACAGAGACAAUGGUGCCUGAAGAUAUUGCGGCAGUUGCAAACGUAACAGAUCGUCCUAGAAGAAAAGAACGGAUAAUAUUCACGACCCACGUGGGAAGCAAAGAACAAGUUUUCAGCACUCAAUUUAGUAUAACGAAGACACCAAGUAUUACUAGCGAAAUAUCAGAAUCGAUUCCGAGCUUUCCUGAGAAUGAGGAAGUCCAACUGAAUGAAUUAACACAACCGACAUCGACCUUGAAAAAUAUUGAGGUCGAAGUUAAUGAGGUUUUGCCAACCAGCGAAGAAAUGAUCGGUGAAAUAGGCGACGAACAAACGGUUCGAGAAAUUACCACAAGUCCACCACCAGACACUGGACGCGACUCUUCAGAGUCAGAAGCGAGUUCAGAAGUGGCGACAACUCACGGAGGUAGCGAAGCAGAGCGUCGAGGACUCGUGGUACAAGAAUCAUUUGAAGAGUUACCAUACGUACCAACAACGCUCCCAUUGGAACGAUCGCUAGCAUUGCCCAUGAUCCCAGUACGCGAUCGCAGUGACAUUCAUGUCGCUGGGGUACAGCGACCACGGGCAACUCGAAGUGCAGGGGGAGCAUUAGGUGCAUUGACUCCCCCCUCGGUACCUACGCCCAGUAGCAACGUAGCAGAACUUAGCGGCGAGCGAUUACACAUCAGAUUGCCACGUCGUGCACGUGCUGCUUCAACCGCUUCUGCUGCGGCCCCACCUCCUCCACCGCGCAACGUUCGAGCUCGUUCUCGAAGUGGAGGUGAUGCAACUGGCAUGGAGACGAGAGGGAAAUCAGACUGGAUUGACUUCUCCGAGGUGCCAGAGCGACGAAAGCAGCCGAAGCGCAUUCAAACUUUACCAGCGACUGCUCGCGACUCAGUGGUGUUCAGUUACGUGCCGCCCGAGCGGUGUCGCUGCGAGUGCCACGCGCACGGACACGUGCCCGAUGCGCCGCCCGACGACGAGCUCCCGCUGCUGCAAGAUGACUCCCGCCACAUGACCGUCAGCUCCUCGUCACUGGAGUUCGAGGAAGACGGCGGGCACGUGCAGGUCAAUGUGCACAUUGCGCCCUUCACCGCCGACCUUGACUUGCAACACAACCAUGCAGAUACGACGCUGCCCCAAUGACCGGCGGCUGUCGAUCACGCUCACCGUACCUUACUUGUGUCUCUCCGAGUUUAACCUUUUAUAAGAUAUAUUAUUCUCUAUUGACCUGAGGCGAGAUGUUAUCAUUUUUGAGAUGUAAAUUUACCCGUUAGGUACUUAUAUAAAUUUAUAGCGUCGUUUGUAAUUCUUACUAUCCAUCGUUGACCCUUGAUUGCAUUUUUUGAUGUUUAUUAAAUUGUUCGUGUAUAAUAUUUCGUUACGCGAUUGUAUGUACUGAUUGUAUUAUAGUACCUAAAUAGGAUUCACGGACAGUGAUAGAGCGAAGCUGCCUUAAAUACUAGCUGAGUGUGACCGGUGGCGGCCAACCACAUCCUUAUUCAAACUUAUAAUAAUGUUCAAAUUUAAAAUAUUCGUUGUGAAAAACAUCAAACAUCUAUAUUUAGAGAAUCGAUUAUAAUUUACAUAUUUCUUUACCUAGUGUUAAUAAAAAUAUUGAAGCCAUUAUUCUGAUCACUAUUUGUAUCGUAGGAACUACGUGUAUAUAGGUAUGUUGGAAUGAAGAAAGCAUAUUACGUUUGAAUGAUUUAACAAGUGUUUGCUCAAUUAGCAGUCCGCUCAUUCCGGCUGGUAUUAUUUCAGCUUAUAUUAUUAUACAUAUCUACAGUCCUUUUUAUUAUACAUUGUACAGAAAGAAAGCAAAAAAAAUCAUUAUUAUUAUUAUAAAGUAUAAUAAGUGGACACCGCGCCGUAGAGAAAAAUAAGUUAAUUCUUUAAUAGUCCACAGAUCCUUUUUUAUUCUUUAUACUAGUUUCCUAUACUACAGUCUUAAUUCCUGGCUUAUAAUAUUUAUCGUAAAUUUUAAAGCACCUAAUGUUUAAACUUGAGAACUAAUUACCAUCUAAAAAGCCUUUCAUUUUGGCUUUUUCUAAAUGCAAAUUCCUGACUUUGCAUCGCUAUCGAGACAGCUUUUCAUAAAAGCCCUUUGGGUGAAUGACAGCUUAGAUAUAUGACAAAAUCAUUUGAUUAUAUUUAAGAAACAAAGCUUUUAUUAUUUACAUAUUAAAUUUUUAGAUAUUUUCACUUUACGGAGACAUCACAGCGAAGGUUUUAAAAAUUUAAUUAAAUCUUUUGAUGGUUUUUUGAAUUUUUUGCAUCGUCCGUCUGUUGUACAGGUGAAAAUAAGAUGUAAAAUAUUGCAAUGUAUGACUAUAUUAUUGAAAUGAGCCGUUAUGUAUAUGUAUGAUAAUUUAAACAGGUACACUGUGAUGUUUACUGAUACAAGGAUGUGUUUGGUGACGCAGUGUUGCCAUUUACACGACAUAUUUAGAAGGUGUUUACUUAUCACUUUGUUUUGCAUUAGCUAUUUAAGUUAGCGCUGUUAGUAUAUCGAGCUAAUACAUUAUUUUAUUUAAACCAAUUGGUACAAAAUUCCCAAAAAAUAUAUUACAGUUGAGGAAUUUCGACGGUUAAAAAGAUUUAAUCAUUUCUAUAACAUUUUGUCGAAUGAUUGUACAUUUUGUACGUAUUGGAGCGAAAUUAACGGAAUAGUGUUUUAAAACCUUUACUAUCAAAGUAUUUUUACUAUUAAGAAAAGAUAUAGCAGUGCAAACUGCAUUUAGAACUUGGUCAUGGUAUUCGCACAUAUCAUGUGUCAAAAUUUUGCAUUUCGUUAUGUAUUUCUACCCGAUUUCGGUGCAGUGGAACUGAAUCAUUGUCUUUACAAAAACAUCUUAAAGGGACGAGUUGUCAGAUAUCUUUUAAAAUAUACAGCAAACGAUAGCAAGUUCUAGAACGGCAAAGGGUAAGGUAGUUUCUUCUUUAUGCUCCUACCCAAUAUUUUAAUCGUUUUUCGGGUUAUUAUUGUUAAUCAUUUUGAAAUGUUAAUAUUUUUUUUAUGUUACUUGGUAGUUUUAUAUUUAGAUAAAUGAUGUUUAUAUAAUUUCUAGCAGAAUAUUUUUAUUAAAUAUACCCACCCGAAAUCUAAAAAAUGAAAAUGAAUAGAUUGGAAUACUUUACCCAAUUAUCAAACUGUUCAUAUAACACCAAUCCUAUAAUAGAAAAAUGACUCGCGCGCGUCUCUACGGUAAUAGAAUCCGCUUUAUAUAUUAUAUUUGAGUAAUCAAUAGGAAUAGAUUUUAAUUUCCUAGCAAGUCACCUGGUGCUGGUCCGUUUCGCUCGCCUUCGUUUUCUUCUGCAUAUUCAUAUAUUGUUAGUUACUUUCAUGCAAUAAUAAGUAAGAAUGUAUGUACCAAUGUUAAAGUACUUCUACGGAUUAGACAAAAGUCUGAAAUAUAAAUUUUUGCUUUCCA